UAACUUUCUAAAAAGCCCCUUACCAACCUAAACUCAUCAUGCCUCCUAGAAGACAAAAUCCUCCUCGUCAAUGAGCUGUUCGGGACAUAGAAAUGGAAGAACUACGUCAACAAAUUCAAAGGCUUCAAGAAAGACUUGAAGCUUUUGAGGGACAACAAGCUCAACACCCGCAAGAUGAACCACACGAGUCAGAGGAAGAUACUGAUGACGAGAAUCCUUUCCAUCACCUAAGGGAUAAUGAAAGCUCAUCAUCAACAGAAAAAGUUCAUCGUCGACAACGUCCCCAACAAAAUGCUGCUCCCAAAUCCACUGACCUUGGCAUCAAAAUCGAUAUUCCAGAUUUUGAAGAUCGCCUUCAACCCGAUGAAUUUAUCGACUGGUUGCAAAUUGUGGAACGUGUGUUUGAACUCAAGGAUAUUCCUGAUGACAAGCGUGUGAAGCUCGUCGCCAUCAAAUUAAAGAAACAUGCAUCUAUUUGGUGGGAGAAUCUCAAACGCAGUCAAGAAAGAGAAGGCCACAGCAAAAUUAGAACUUGGGAGCAAAUGCGUUGGGAGCUCACUCCCUCCGACUGUCCAAAUAAGAGAGUUGUCACCAUUAUUGGAGGAGAAAUUCAUGAAGCCUCAGAAGAUGAAGCAGAAAAGGAGCAAAAUGAUGAAACUGAGUCACCCCAGCUUGAGGAAAAACUUAUCCCAGCUGACCAUGGAGAAUCUUUGGUUGUGCGUUGUAGUCUACAUGCUACCAUAACCAAGGAUGAAGAUUGGCUUCGACAUAACAUCUUUCACACCAGAUGCACUUCUCAAGGGAAAGUCUGCAGUGUCAUCAUUGACAGUGGAAGUUGUGAGAAUGUUGUGUCAAAUUAUAUGGUUGAGAAGCUAGGUCUGCCUAUCAAAGAUCAUCCCCAUCCAUACAAGUUACAAUGGCUACAAAAGGGAAACGAGGUAAAAGUAACCAAACGUUGCCUUGUCUCUUUUUCUAUUGGUAACAGGUACCAAGACGAAGUAUGGUGUGAUGUUAUUCCUAUGGAUGCUUGUCACUUGUUACUUGGUCGCCCUUGGCAAUUUGACCGAAAGGCUAUCCAUGACGGCCAUGCCAACACGUACUCGUUUGUGAAAGAUGGUGUGAAGGUCAAGCUCACUUCCCUGAAGCCUGAAGAAACACUUGAAAAGAAGGAUGAGGACAAGGCUUUAAUCUCCAAAUCAACCUUUCAGAAUGUGACAUUUCUUGGAUACAUCAUCACUGCUCAAGGUAUCAAGAUGGACCCCAGUAUGAUUGAUGCUAUUGUCAACUGGCCUACACCAACAUCGAUGCAUGAUGUUCGAAGCUUCCAUGGCAUGGCAUCUUUUUAUCGGAGAUUCAUCAAGAAUUUUAGUUCUAUUGUUGCCCCUAUUACUGACAGCCUUAAGGUGUUAAGUCAAGAAGGUCGACCCAUUGCCUUCUUCAGUGAAAAGUUGAAUGACACAAAGCUCAGAUAUUCCACCUAUGACAAAGAACUCUAUGCAAUUGUUCGAGCCUUGGAGCAUUGGAGUCAUUAUCUUCUUUCCAAAGAAUUCAUCUUGCACUCUGACCAUGAGGCAUUCAAGCACUUGAAUUCUCAACAGAAGAUUAGUCGCCGACAUGCUGCUUGGAGUGAAUUUCUACAAGCUUAUCCUUUCCUCCUCAAAUACAAAUCUGGAGUCUAGAAUCGUGUAGCUGAUGCUCUGAGUCACCAACAUGCCUUGCUUACUUCCGUACAAAUGAAAGUCACUGGAUUUGAAGUGAUCAAGGAGUUGUAUGAGGAUGAUCCUAAUUUUAGCAACAUUUGGCAGGCCACUUCUAAUCAAGCCUUUCAACAAUA